AUGCAUGACUCACUCGAUCCUUCCCAAUGGAAAAUAACAGAUUUUGAAUUGUUAGAAAUUAUUGGUACUGGUACUUUUGGUAGUGUUAGAUUAGUUAAACAUAAACAUACACAACAAUACUAUGCUAUGAAAAUUAUUAAAAAGUAUGAUGUAAUUAGAAUGAAACAAGUAGAACAUAUCAUUAGUGAGAAGAAUAUUCUCUCUCAAGUUGAUCAUCCUUUCAUUGUUAGACUUUAUAGAACAUUCCAAGAUGAAAAUUAUUUAUUCAUGAUUAUGGAAUAUGUGUGCGGAGGUGAAUUGUUUUCACAUUUGAGACGUGUUGGUAAAUUCCCUAAUGAUGUUGCAAAGUUUUAUGCUGCUGAAAUUAUUUUAGCUAUGGAAUAUCUUCAUAUGAAGAAUAUUGUUUAUCGUGAUUUGAAACCAGAAAAUGUUUUAUUAGAUAAUGAUGGUCAUGUAAAAAUUACUGAUUUUGGUUUUGCUAAGAAGGUUCUUGACCGUACGUGGACUUUAUGUGGUACUCCUGAAUAUUUAGCUCCUGAAAUUAUUCAAUCUAAGGGUCAUGGUAAAGCUGUUGACUGGUGGGCAUUAGGUAUUCUUAUUUAUGAAAUGUUAGUUGGUUAUCCACCAUUCUUUGAUGAUUCACCUUUCAAAAUUUAUGAAAAGAUUUUACAAGGAAAGGUUGAAUUUCCAAGAUUUAUGGAUCCAAUGGCUCGUGAUUUAAUUAAACGUCUCUUAACUACAGAUAAGAUGAAACGUUUGGGUAAUUUGAAAGGAGGUGCUGCUGAUAUUAAGGAACACAAAUGGUUUAAGGGUGUUGAUUGGGAUGAAUUAUAUAAUAGACAAAUUGCAUCUCCAAUUCCUGUCAAGAUUAGUUUUGCAGGUGAUUCUAGAUACUUUGAAACUUAUCCGGAAUCUCAAGAUCAUUGUAUUCACCACACUGGUACUCCACAUCAACAAUUAUCUGCUGAUGUUCAAGCUCUAUUUGAUGGUUUUUAA